ACGCCGUCUGCAUUUGCAUUGCACUGCUCUGCUAACUUUUCCAUACUGCUGGAAUACAACAGAUCGGUGAAAGGUUUAUUUUUGUUGAUUAUUGAACAUUUUUAUUUUACGAUGGCGGAAAUCGAGUGGCCUUGGCAGUACAGCUUCCCUCCAUUCUUUACAAUUCAACCACACGCAGAGACCAAGGCUCGACAGCUUCAAGCAUGGCGUACUUUAGUUUUAAACUUUCACAAAGUUAGCAAACAGAGUUUGCUAGAUGUUCGAGAAGCUCAUCAGAAUAGUUUAUUUAGUAAUAGUAGUAUUGAUCGCAAACUUCCUGUUGAAGGAAUACUUUUAGUCCUUGAAGACUUACAGAAAACUGGCAAUGCCGAACCUCUAGACAAAACACGAAACAGGUGGCUGAUAUACUGGCACACUCUGGAAGAGUGGGCAGCACUCAUCUAUUCUUGGGCUCAGGCUAGUGGAUCCCUCAACUCCGUCUGUACAUUUUUUGAACUCGUUUCCGGAGAUGAUACAACUGACCAAGAAUUCUACGGGCUCGAUCAGGAAGUUCUGUCGAGAGCUUUACAAGUACUUGAAAGUCAGAAAAAGGCGGAAAUUAUUUCAUUUGAUGACAAUCAAGGUGUGAAGUUCUUCUGAAUCGAUUUACUUUCUGUACCAUACUUACCAUCAAAUAAGUUUAAUGACUGGCUCAAGAGGAGGUACACAAGAAAAUUUAGAAAAAAAAUCAUAAAAAUGUUUAAAAAAUAUUUUGGGACCAAUCUUGGGACCUUGAGAUUAUGAAGUGGUUGUUUGCUGUCAUUAAAUCUUUCUCCUUGCUUGUCAUUUUAUCAAAAACCUAAAUACAAUACUGUAUACUAUUGGCCGAUUUGUCUGAACUUUUUGAAGAGAGCAGUUCACUGUAAUGAAUUCUCACUGGGCUUCUCUAUCUUUAGGUUAGAAAAAAAAAUACCACCAAACUGUCAUGGUACAACCAAUAUUUUAUUAAUCAAGAACUGCUGACACACUUCAAUAAAUAUUGUAGAGGAA